CCCCGCCGUCCGGCCCUGGACCCUCUCCUCGCUCCCCGGGUCUUCGCUCCCUUCACCCAGCACCGCUGGCUCCCGGGGACACCUUGGGGUCCCGGCCCUCUGUCGCCCGCAGCUGCCAGGGCAGCCCGUGGCUGUUCGGAGUCGUCCGGACCCGAGAGGCCGCUGCACCGGGACCCAGUCACCCUCCGGAUGCUGGUGCUGCCGCCCCCUUGUCCCCAACCCCUGGCGCUUCCCUCAGUAGAGCCCAUGGAGGCCCCGCUCCCUCGUUCGGGCAGGUGCCUGGAACCUGGACCUUCCUCCUCCAUCGCACCACCCCAGACUUCGACCUCUCCGAGGCCAAGCCACUACCUUCUCAUUGACACCGAGGGUGUCCCCUACACUGUGCUGGUGGAUGAGGAGUCACAGAGGGAGCCCAGGGCCGAUGGGGCUAUGGCCCAGAAAAAGUGCUACAGCUGCCCGGUGUGCUCGAGGGUGUUCGAGUACAUGUCCUACCUUCAGCGACACAGCAUCACCCACUCGGAGGUGAAGCCCUUCGAGUGCGACACGUGCGGGAAGGCGUUCAAGCGGGCCAGCCACCUGGCGCGGCACCACUCCAUCCACAGGGCAGGCGGCGGGCGGCCCUACAGCUGCCCGCUGUGCCCGCGCCGCUUCCGGGAUGCUGGUGAGCUGGCCCAGCACAGCCGGGUGCACUCUGGGGAGCGCCCGUUCCAGUGCCCACACUGCCCGCGCCGCUUUAUGGAGCAGAACACGCUGCAGAAGCACACGCGGUGGAAACAUCCUUGAGCCGCGCCGGGGCCAGAGUCCUCUGAAGCCCCCAGACCCCGCUGAGUUGCAGGCGGCUUUGGGGUUCCUAGACACACACACACACACACACACACACACACACACACACACACACACACACACACACACACACACUGGCCUGCUCUCACAGUGAGCCCUGCCAGGAAGAAGAGCCUUGGGCUUUGGGUGAGUUCACAUGAAGAAUGGAGUCCUCUGGUCUCAAAGGCUUGGGACAUUCCCAGUGGAGCUUGACCGAGGGGCAGAUGCUGUGUGUGGAAGCUCCUGCCUCAGCCAAGUGGCUGGGGGCCUGAAAGUGGGCUUGAAUACUGUACGCCGCCGAGUGUCUGGCGCCAAGCACUUUGCUUUUGGAGACUGUCGCUGAUGUCUGUGCUCAGCGCUUUGGAAGGGCUCAGCUGGCCUGCUGGGGAGAGGGAAGGUGUCCAGGCCUGAAGACCCGUGUCACCCCGGAAGAGGGUCUUAAACUUUUUUAAAAAACAGACAUAAUCCACUGUAACGUACAUGUUUUAUGUGACAACCAGUAUACAGAUACACGAAAUGUAUGCCAAAUUUAACAGUAGUUGAAAGACACCCCGAUUUUUCGACCAUAAUUUUUUAAAAUAUAGAGCCCAUCCUACUAUAUUAGAUUCUCUGUCCAUGAACCUGUGGUUUGAAAAACACUGAUCUAGGGCAAGUGGCCCCUGGACUUUCUGAUCCAGGCCGCAACUUAUCUGCAAAGCCAAGUAGGAGGGGAGCAGGCCACAGCUUCCUUGGGGUCCGUCGCACACUCAGACUCGUGGCCAGCGAACGUGAGAGGCAGGUGGAGCUGAGCCUCAAGUUUAAUAAACAUCGGCCUUCUUGAUGC